AUGCCCCCUACGACUCAACAGUUGCAACGGGACACUCUCAGGAUCCGGAGGUUGCGCGAUGAGGUGCAUCCAGACACCUACGCGAGGGCGAUCCCAACCCUGGAUUUAUGCCUUCAAUACCUGCGACUGGACGCAAUACCCGAUAGACCCAUCCUCCCAUACGCUCUCAUGGACCUCGCGUGGGCCGCGCUGAUGUGCCUGAGCAAGAUCGUCUUUGUUUCGACGAGGAAAGAGGUCAAAGAACCGCUCCAAAAGACGACCGUCGCAAAGGUGUUGCCCGGGUUUGAAGGGAUUAUCGCGUGGCUGGACACGUGCAUGGCGCAGCGUCCCCACUGCAGACCCGAGCACGGCUCCUACUCGAGGGCGGCAGAGCUUCUACUCGGGCUCCUAAUCCUUGACCCUAGUUUAGAGCCUCUGGUACACGGCUCAUCGGUUGCUAUGAAGCUUGCGUUGAAGCUAUGGUGGAAUUGCACAGAAGACGGUUCAGCGGUUACCGUCGAGCUUACAGCUCAGCUAUUGGUUGGAGACCCUUUCGUCCACUUGAUGUUCUUCAUCAUCCAAAAGACCGACCUUCUGUUCGAUUACAUCACCUCCACGCAUGGUGGGCCGAGGAAAUUCUGCUACGCGUUGGUCUACAGGAUCAAGUAUCUCGUCGCUCUUCACCAGGACAAGAACCUUCUCGAUUCGCUGUUCAUCAAGCACGCGAUGAUGGUUCUCAACAUCACUCGUCGUGCACAGACGAACCAAUCGCUCCACAGGCGACUACGCAAAGAGCACUAUCUCGAAUGCUGGACUGUAGCCACCAACACCAUUCAACCCCGGCUCAUCCAAUCGGACAUCCAUCCCCAGGCGUCCUCGAGCGUCUUGUCCUACUUCGCUACUUCUCUCCUCGAUAUCGCCACUGCACCAGGAGGCCACAGCGUUCGGGGAUUCACUAUUCUUCUCCGCUCUGACAUUUUCCCGAUCUUGGUGUACCUACUUCGUUACUCGUCACCAGUCCUCCAGCACGAAGAUGAUAGGAAACGAGCCAAGAUCUUCAAUAUGUUGGGCGGGUAUGCUUUGUAUCCACGAUCUUGCACUGCCUUGUUGCGGGCGAUAAACGGCAUCCCCCAAGAUGCGGUGGAUGAAAUCCGUGCUGUGCCGUACUUGGUGGAUUAUUGGGAUGGAUGGACGUACACGAUCGAGCUUGUCGCUAACUGCAGGGCUCUCGCUCUUGGUUUCGAUAAUCUUCCACUCGAUCGGCUAUGCAGCUAUUCAGGGGUGAGUGUUGAAUUCUGA